AUGGCCCAGAAGUGGACUUAUGAUGAGCAAAGUUUUUGGAGACAACAAUUCCCAAGUUGUGGCGGUCGACGGCAAUCGCCUAUUAAUAUCAAUACGGAUAAACUCAUUAAAGACAAAUCACUUCAGCUUAAACUAAUUGAUUACGACAAACCAUUUCCCAACUUAAGUGCUAAUAAUAACGGACACACAGUGGCCAUAGAAUUGGACUCCAAUAGGAAAAGGCCUCAAUUAAGUGUCGGACAGGGAUUAUACGAUUUGUCUGAAUUGCAUUUCCAUUGGGGAGACAAUAAUUUGGAAGGAACUGAACAUUCAAUCGAUAACUACUUCGGUUCGGCAGAGCUGCAUUUUGUUCAUUACAAUACACUAUAUGGUAAUUUAUUAAACGCCAGACAAAAUAUCAACGGAGUUGUUGUCUUAACUGUCAUCUCUCAGCUCUCAAGGAGUGAAAACAAUGCCAUUCAACCAAUUAUUAAAGCUUUACGGCAUAUAACGAGAUUUAACACAAGUGCCACAAUUGCCAAUCAAAUUGUUUUCAGCAAAUUCUUGCCAUUAAAUAAGCAAUUAUUCUUCACAUAUAAGGGCUCUCUAACAACCCCUCCCUGUAGUGAAAGCGUUCAAUGGAUUAUAUACGCCGAUCCCAUACGGAUGAGUCCUUUUCAGUUAUCGCAAUUCCGGAGAUUACAUAAAAGGGAAAUUAAUAGACGAAUAAUCGCUAACACAAGGGAUAUACAGAAAAGACACGGAAGAGAAGUUCGCGUAUCAGUCCCUCAACCAAACAGAGACUCAACUUUUGAUGACAACAAUUAUAAUGACAUCGACUACUGA